AUGUCUCACAAUAGUCAGAAAAAAGACGAAGAUUACAUUCUUACUUCAAAGCAAGUUGACGACGUCUCCUCCGAUGACGAACUUGCAAAUAAUGUUAACAAGUCAAAAUCCAUAGAUCCUUAUAUUCAAACGGAAGAGGACUACGAUAAUGAAUCCGGCAAAAAAAAGGGCAGACACCCUUUUUAUGGCGGUAAAGAUCAUAUUUUCACUGAUCCUGUUGUUGCUGACCAUUAUCGUGAACUUUACGAAAAAUCGACCUACGAAGGUCGUAACCAUUUUGAUCCAGAUUUCACUUGGACCCCUGAACAAGAGCGCAAGCUUCUUUGGAAAAUUGAGUUUCGUGCUUGUUUUUGGGCUUGUGUAAUGUUUUUAGGUUUGCAGCUUGAUCGUGGUAACAUCUCACAAGCUCUUUCCGAUAAUAUGCUUAAAGAUUUAGGAAUGACAACAAAUGAUUACAACACUGGUAUGACUAUUUUUUAUGUUGUUUUCUUGUUUGCAGAACUCCCUUCUCAACUUAUUUCGAAAAAAAUUGGUCCUGAUCGUUGGAUUCCCGCUCAAAUUACUUUGUGGUCGAUUGUUUCUGUUUGUCAAGCCAAAAUUACAGGAAAAUCUACCUUUUAUGCAACCCGUGCUCUUCUUGGUCUUCUUGAAGGAGGUUUUAUUGCUGACACUGUUUCUUGGUUAUCAUACUUUUACACUGGAACUGAGCUUCCAAUUCGACUCAGUUUUUUCUGGACAACUUUGACCCUGACUCAAAUUGGUUCUUCCUUGCUUGCUUUUGGUGUUCUUCGUAUGAGAGGAAUAGGUGGCUGGGCAGGUUGGAGAUGGCUUUUUUUCCUUGAAGGUUUAUUUACUUUAGUUAUUGGUCUUGCUUCCUUUUUUCAGCUUCCUCCAUCUCCUGUUCAAACAAAAACUUGGUUUAGACCUAAAGGUUGGUUCUCGGAGUUUGAAGAAAAACUCAUUGUCAAUAGAGUUCUUCGUGACGAUCCAUCUAAAGGUGAUAUGCACAACCGUCAAGCAAUUUCGUUUAAAGGACUUUAUGAAUCUCUCAUGGAUUACGAUAUUUGGCCCCUUUAUUUUAUCGGUCUUGUUGCAUAUAUCCCAAUGAGUACCGUGAGUGCUUAUUUAACUCUUACAUUGAAACAACUUGGUUUUAGUACUUUUAAUACCAAUUUGCUCACAAUUCCGCCAAAUGUUGCUCAUAUUGGAUUCCUUCUUUUGCAAACGUGGAUGACUGAAUAUUUUAACGAAAGAACCCUUCUUUGUACUAUUCAGCCAUUAUGGUUGAUUAUUUGUUCUGGUGUUUUGGCAUUUUGGAAAGAUUCAUUAAAGAAUGUUUGGGGUACUUAUGCUGUUUUAGUUGUUUAUCUUUCAAGUCCUUAUAUCCAUGCAAUUUUGGUAGGAUGGUGUUCUAGAAACUCGAACACUGUCCGAACAAGAAACGUUUCAUCAGCUGUUUACAACAUGUUUUGUCAAGCGGGUAGUAUUAUUGCCUCUAACAUUUAUAGAAAAAAGGAUGCUCCAUAUUACAGAAAGGGUAACCGUGUUCUGUUUGCUCUUGGGUGGGUGUCUUUGGCUAUUUUGUUUUUUACCAAGGCUUACUACGUUUGGAGAAAUAAGUCUCGCGAUAAAAUCUGGGAUGCUAUGACUAUUGAAGAGCAGCAUGAGUAUCGUAACACCACUAAGGACAAGGGUAACAAAAGAUUGGAUUUUAGAUUUGCUCAUUGA